AUGGGGAGUGGAAUAAGUUCUGAGAGUAAAGAAUCAGCCAAAAGAUCAAAGGAACUUGAAAAAAAACUUCAGGAAGAUGCAGAACGAGAUGCCCGAACUGUAAAGCUUCUCUUAUUGGGUGCUGGUGAAUCUGGAAAAAGCACAAUUGUUAAGCAGAUGAAGAUUAUCCACAAGAAUGGCUACACAGAGCAAGAAUGUAUGGAGUUCAAAGCUGUUGUUUACAGUAACACCCUGCAAUCCAUUCUGGCCAUUGUGAAGGCUAUGACAGUCCUCAGGAUUGAUUAUGUGUGGACCACAUGUGUGGAAGACCAGAAACAACUUUGCAUGAUAGCAAAUGGCUUAGAAGAUGGCAGCAUGACUCCUGAACUGACUGAGAUAAUAAAAAGACUAUGGAAAGAUCCAGGAAUCCAGGCCUGCUUUGAAAGAGCAUCAGAAUAUCAACUCAAUGACUCAGCUGCUUACUACCUCAAUGAUCUUGACAGGAUAACAGCUCCUGGGUAUGUUCCAAAUGAACAAGAUGUCCUGCACUCCAGGGUGAAAACUACUGGCAUUAUUGAAACACAAUUCUCUUUCAAGGAUUUGCACUUCAGGAUGUUUGAUGUAGGUGGACAGCGUUCAGAGAGAAAGAAAUGGAUUCACUGCUUUGAAGGAGUUACCUGUAUAAUCUUUUGUGCAGCACUCAGUGCCUAUGAUAUGGUCCUAGUAGAAGAUGAAGAAGUGAACCGAAUGCAUGAAAGCCUUCACCUAUUUAACAGCAUCUGUAAUCACAAGUACUUUGCUACGACUUCCAUUGUCCUGUUUCUCAACAAAAAAGAUCUCUUUCAAGAAAAAGUAGCCAAGGUUCAUCUUAGUAUCUGUUUUCCAGAAUACACUGGACCAAAUACAUUUGAAGAUGCAGGGAACUAUAUCAAGAACCAGUUCCUAGACCUGAAUUUAAAAAAGGAAGAUAAGGAGAUUUAUUCCCACAUGACCUGUGCUACUGACACCCAAAAUGUCAAGUUUGUUUUUGAUGCAGUGACAGAUAUAAUCAUCAAAGAAAACUUGAAAGACUGUGGCCUUUUUUAA